CCGGCCGCUCGGCAGGUUCUGCCGGAGACUUCCAUCUGGCCUCAAUGUGAAAGGAAAGUAGAAAACCACAUCUCUGUGUUGCUCCCAGGAUGCUGAUGCGUUGGCCAUGCCUGGAGUGGGAAGUCCCGGUCUAGACGGCUGACUGCCCGCAGAAGUAGAUGCGUGGCCUCCAUGUCCGGCCUCUCUCCUUUUCCCUGGAGUGAAAGUCCCCUCCGGAUACCACCAGGACGUCACCUGCAGAAAAUGCCUCGCACGCUAAGGAUGUCAGCGACCUAAAUCCAUGCGCCCUGUCUGUACAGUAGUCGUGGACGGUUUACCAUCCGGGAGCUCCGCAGCCUCUUCUCCGGGCCCCGUGUCUGUUUCUGACAUGUCUCUGCUCCAUGCUCUGGGCCCAGUGCAGACCUGGCUGGGACAGGAGCUGGAGAAAUGCGGCAUUGACGCCAUGAUUUACACUCGGUAUGUCCUCAGCCUCCUGCUGCACGACAGCUAUGACUACGACCUACAGGAACAGGAGAAUGACAUCUUCCUGGGCUGGGAAAAAGGAGCUUAUAAGAAAUGGGGAAAGAGUAAGAAAAAGUGCUCAGAUCUAACUCUAGAAGAAAUGAAAAAACAGGCUGCCGUCCAGUGUCUUCGCUCCGCUUCUGAUGAAAGCUCUGGUAUCGAGACUUUGGUGGAGGAGCUUUGCUCCAGGCUGAAGGACCUUCAGAGCAAGCAAGAAGAGAAGAUUCACAAAAAGUUAGAGGGGUCUCCCUCUCCCGAGGCAGAAUUAUCCCCUACAGCAAAGGAUCAAGUGGAAAUGUACUACGAAGCCUUUCCCCCGCUGUCCGAGAAGCCAGUCUGCCUGCAGGAGAUCAUGACCGUGUGGAACAAGUCCAAAGUCUGUUCUUACUCCAGCUCCUCUUCGUCGUCCACAGCGCCGCCGGCCAGCACAGACACGUCCUCCCCCAAAGACUGCAACAGCGAAGGCGAAGCCGUCAAGGAGAGGAGCGGCGACGUGACGGCCGCCGUGCACGACAGAGCCCAGGGCGCGGGCAGGAGCGAGGAGGAGGGCCAGCUCGCCCGGGGCGCUGCGGAGGAGAAGCCCGCCUCGUACAAAAAGCAGGUCCGACACAAACCCGAGGGAAGGAUUCGCCCUCGCUCGUGGUCUUCCGGCUCGAGCGAGGCGGGCUCAAGUUCCAGCGGUCCUCAGGGAGAAUUCAAGGCCUCCGUGAAGUGCGUGAAAGUUCGACACAAGACGCGAGAAGUUCGAAACAAGAAAGGGCGGAACGGGCCGGGCAGGCUCUCGCUGAAGGCCGGCGACAAGGCCGAGCGGGUCAUCCAUGCCGCCGGCGGCGGCGGCAGCAGCAGCAGCGGUGGCGGGGGAGGCGGGGGCCCCGUCAAGCCGCUGUGCCGGCGCGGGAAGAGGCCCCUGAAGGACCCGGGGAGGCGGGACCCCGCGGGCGCCGAGGGAAGAGACGUGUCCCUGGAGAGCAGAAACGACAGGGAGUACAAGGAGGAGCCGCUGUGGUACACCGAGCCGAUUGCCGAGUAUUUCGUCCCCCUGAGCAGGAGGAGUAAGCUGGAGACCACGUACCGACGCAGGCCCGAGGCGAGCGAGCUGCCGGCCGCGGCGGUGGACGAGCUGUCCGAGUCCGUGCGCGGCCUCUGCCUCAGCAAUGGCAACGUGCAUAAAGCAUACCUCGCGGCAGGUACUUUCAUUGACGGUCACUUCGUGGAAAUGCCUGCGGUCAUCGACGAGGAGGUGGACCUCCCUGGGACCUCAUUCUGUCCUCUCCCAGAGGACAGCGGGUAUCUGGAUGGUAUUCAUCUGUCCGAAUUAACACACUUCUAUGAAGUGGACAUUGAUCAAUCCAUGUUGGAUCCUGGUGCCUCAGAAACCAUGCAAGGAGAAAGUCGGAUUUUGAAUAUGAUUCGACAGAAAAGCAAAGAGAAAACCGAUUUUGAGGCCGAAUGUUGCAUAGUGUUAGACGGGAUGGAGUUGGAAGGGGAACGUGCAAUAUGGACAGAUUGUACCAGCUCCGUGGGCGCUGAGGGCCCGCUCCUGCAAGAGCUCGGCAACCUGGCCCAGUUCUGGGAGUGCUGCUCGUGCAGCUCCGGCGACGCCGACGGGGAGAGCUUCGGGGGUGAGUCUCCGGUCAGGCUCUCCCCGAUCCUGGACGGCACGGCGCUCAAUCCCCACUUGCUUGCUGGCAAUCAGGAGCUCUUUUCGGAUAUUAAUGAAGGAUCUGGUAUAAACUCUUGUUUUUCAGUGUUUGAAGUGCAAUGCAGUAACUCUGUUUUACCGUUUUCUUUUGAAACACUCAACUUGGGAAAUGACGACACGGAUUCUAGUGCUAAUCUGCUUGGGAAAACACAGUCUAGAUUGCUAAUAUGGACCAAAAAUAGUGCCUUUGAAGAAAACGAACACUGUUCCAAUCUCUCAACGAGAACUUGUAGCCCAUGGUCCCAUUCGGAAGAAACACGUUCAGACAACGAGACGUUGAAUAUUCCGUUGGAAGAGGCCACGCAGUUUAAUGCAGAAGAUAUGAAUUACGUAGUUCCUAGGGUCUCAUCAAAUUACGUAGAGGAAGAACUUUUAGAUUUUUUGCAAGACGAAACCGGCCAGCAAAACGGUAGAACGUUAGGAGAACUUCCUACCUUAGUUUUCAAAACAAAAUCUAAACUAGAAUCUGUCUGUGGUAUUCAGCUAGAGCAGAAGGCGGAACCCAGACCCCUGGACACGGCACGAGGGUGUGGCGAGCGCGGCCCCCGCGGCGGUGGCGGGUACGGCUCCGGGAUUAUCAAGGACAUCUGGACGAAGAUGGGCGACGGGGGUUCUGGAGCCGCGGCGGACGUGGAGCGGCUGGACGAGGAGCUGUUUCCAACGGAUGUCAACAACUACUGCUGCUGCCUGGACGCCGAGGCCGAGGCCGAGGCCCUCCAGGAGCCUCACAAGGCCGUGCAGAGGUCAGAGUACCGGCUGUGGGAGGGCCAGAAAGAGAGCCCCGAGAAGAGAGCUUUCGUCUCCGGGGAGCUGUCGAAGGUGGAUGGCGGCGACUACACCACCCCCUCGAAGCCCUGGGACGUGGCCCAGGAGAAGAACACUUUCAUUCUCGGAGGGGUCUACGGCGAGCUCAAGACCUUCAGCAGCGACGGGGAGUGGGCGGUCGUCCCGCCCGGCCACGCCAAAGGAAGUCUGCUCCAGUGUGCGGCCUCUGACGUGGUGACCAUCGCGGGGACGGAUGUCUUCAUGACCCCGGGGAACAGUUUUGCUCCUGGUCACAGGCAGCUGUGGAAACCCUUUGUGUCGUUCGACCAGAACGAUCCGCCGAGGAGUGGGGAAAAUGGGUUAAAUAAGGGAUUCUCGUUUAUCUUCCAUGAAGACUUACUAGGAGCUUGUGGCAACUUUCAGGUGGAGGAUCCUGGGCUCGAAUAUUCCUUCUCUUCCUUUGACUUGAGCAAUCCGUUCUCACAGGUUCUGCACGUAGAGUGUUCGUUCGAACCCGAAGGGAUUGCCUCUUUCAGCCCUAGUUUUAAACCCAAAUCCAUCCUCUGCUCUGAUUCUGACAGCGAAGUUUUUCACCCCAGAAUAUGCGGCGUCGACAGAACACAGUACAGGGCCAUUCGGAUCUCUCCGAGGACUCACUUCCGCCCCAUUUCUGCAUCGGAGCUGUCCCCGGGGGGAGGGAGCGAGUCAGAGUUUGAAUCUGAGAAAGAUGAAGCCAGUGUUCCCGUCGCUUCCCAAGCUGAUGCGUUUGAAGACCCACAGGCAGAUCUCCAGCCGCUGGAAGAAGAUGCGGAGAAAGAAGGCCAUUACUACGGAAAAUCGGAGCUCGAGUCUGGAAAGUUCCUUCCCAGGCUAAAAAAGUCCGGCAUGGAAAAGAGCGCUCAGACCUCCCUGGAUUCUCAGGAGGAGGCAGCCGGGAUUCUGCCGGUGGGCAAGCGGAGUCCGUGUUUGGAGUGCGGCAGGGGCGAGUCUCCGCACAACGCUUUGGAGAGCCCGGCAGCGAACUGUAAGAUAACGGCACAGUGCGAGGAGGAAGUUAGUAAUUUUUGCAGUUGCAAAGCAGGCUGCCAGUUCCCUGCCUAUGAAGAUAACCCUGUGUCUUCGGGACAGCUGGAGGAGUUUCCUGUAUUGAACACUGAUGUUCAAGGAAUGAAUAGAAGUCAAGAAAAACAGACUUGGUGGGAAAAAGCUUUGUACUCUCCCCUUUUUCCUGCAUCGGAGUGUGAAGAAUGUUAUACAAAUACCAAGGGAGAGCAUGGUAUAGAAGAGAGUCCAGAUGGGAAAGGCAUGCCCCGUAACGAAGAGCAUCUGUUAGAUUUUAAUAGGGUGUCUUCUGUUUAUGAAGCGAGGUGUGCAGGAGAGAGAGACGCCGGAGCAAAACCCAACGGCUUCCGCAGAAAGACCUCCUCCAGCGCCGGCUCCGGCUCCGACGGCUCCGGCUCCGAAGGCUCCAGCUUGGACGGCGGGGGCGAGUGGGCGGGCCCUGGCGAAGAGGAGCUCUUUUCUCGAACUCAUCUCUAAACCUGCAGCGUAGUGCAAAUUAAUUUUUGAAAACGAUCUGUGAUGGCAAAUUACCCUUUUGUGAGGCCUGUUAAUCUAAACAACAACUUAGGGUUCUGCUUCAAUUAACUGAUUCAGAUCAGCAAUUAUCUUUCUCUUCUUGCUUAUUUUAGAGUUGAGGACAGCUAUCCUGUUGAAGAUUUUUUUUUUUUCCAAGCUGUUAAAUUCUUGGCCAUUUGAAAUAGACUAGAUUGUGUUGUCGAAUCAAGAAUGGGUGUGCAUGUGCUUGUCUGGAAGUUUCACUGCUUUCCACGCUUCUGCAGCUCCCAUCCUCCUGGCUGCGGCCCCGUCCCUGGUACCCUAGCGCCGCGGCGGCCGCAGCCACUUCCACGCUCCAGAGACCUGAGCUUUGGGACCUCUAGGCUUUGUUCUCUAAGAACUGGGACAUAAGUACCUUCCCCUGCGACGGAUCGGGGCCUUUCCGAAGGCCGGAGGGGAGCAUGGGUGACUCAUCCACGGUGUUCGUUCAGUCAGAUCUCAUGUACACUGGAGUAGGAGCUGCGAGGAGGGUGUGCUUUUAGACACUUACUCAAGACUGUGUUUUCUAUCUUAGGACUUCCCCUCCCCCCCUCGAGGAUCAUGGAAGAUACUGUGAUGUGUGAUUUUCUUGCUAACUGAAGGAGCCAAGGCCUUGGGGUGUGGGCGUAGCGUUUGAGGCCAAGUGGGGGAAGAGCGUACCCCCAGCCUGUUCUUACGUUGCAGUUACAUUUCUGCCAAAACACCCCUUCUGGGUUAUUUGUGGUUUGGAUCUUAGUUGCAAAUUACGGUCUUCUGGUGACCUCCGUUGAAUCGAAGCCUCCAGAACUCGAAAUGGCAAGUGCUUGACGUGCAGUAAGGGCCGCCUCGGCACCCCGAAGAAACCUCGGCUGCUGCAGCUAGCUCCUGUGGUGGCUGCGAUUUAGUAGAGCUUAGAUCUCAUUUUGUGUUUGAGAGAAUGUUCUGGGCAAGUUGUGUUGGUGGGUGGGGGGCGGGGAGAGGAACCGUUCCCCCCACCUGUGCGAUUGCUUCAUGGGACUCGCCUUCCGCUCUGGCGGGGACCCUGGGGGUCAGUCCAUCUCGUACAGUCCCAUCUGCUCACGACGGCCGCCCCCUGGGCGGCAGGUGAAGCUGGGGGGGGGGGGGGCGAGGUUUGGGAAACCACGUUGUUUUUCUUUCUAAUGAACUCAUUAUUCAAAAACAAACAACAAAACAAAACCCCCGAUUCUGUAGGCUCGGUUUAGCUCGUCCGUGAUGUCAGGAAGGGCAGAAAAGCGCGACGGGGGCGAGAGCGCUUCACCGCUGCUCCCGGCAGGCAGCGCGGGACCGGCCGGGGCCACGUGGCCGACACCCACGAGGCGCUCGGGCCCUGGGUGGUGUUGCCGUUCUCGCCCCAGGUGGCACGGGCGACCCCAGUGGGGUGUGUCCUCGCUCUGACGUGCCUGACGGACGCUCAGCUCGGAUGCCCCCAUGCGGCAGGGUUCGUUUUUAUACAGCACAUCUUUUGACACUUUAAAGUGGGUGCGUGUGCGUGUGUGUGUGCGUGUGCGCGCGCGUGUGCAAGGUUUACGUUGCUGUUAUUUAUUUUACAGACUUUAUAAGGUUUUAUGUAUUUUUCUUUCUUCCGGAGCUUCCUAAAACGUGAUUAGCAUCUGCACUGAAAUACAAUUUAACAGCAAAGGCAAAAAAAAAAAAAAAAAAAAAAAUUGGAAGUUGUAAAUUCCUAAAAUCACUACGGUGACGAUCAGUUUAGAAAUCGUUGCUCGAUGUAGCAGAGACCAAAUAAAUCUAUUUCAGACACAACCUUUAGCUCAGUUGAUUUUGGACAGCUGCUUUGUAUCAAGACAGGGCUGUGGGUGACGCCGGUGCUGACUUCCCUGCGCACCGGCGGCGGGAAGGCCCUGUACCUUCCACGGGGGGUGGGGGUGGGGAUGGGUUCUCAACGGGCAGGGGACUCACGGGUGAUGUAUUUAUGUGUUUUCGUAGCUCAGUGGCUGGAGGCCGGGGGCUUUCAGCAGCCGAGUCGAGCGUGUGGUUUUUAGUUUUGUGAAUGGAUGAUCACAAAGAAAAGCAUCUUUUAUUAAAAAGUUGGCAAAACGCUGAAACGCACUGUGGCGUGAGGCGCGUUGCGCACCCGGAGCACCGACGUCCCCGUUCUCCACCCCUGGGCUCGGGGUGUGUCCCCGUGGUCAUGUUGUUCCGAUCUCACGUCCGCCAGAGUAACUGAUUUCUUGUUUUCUUGUGGAGUUAACACCAAAUAAAAAGUUUGAAAAGCA